CUAAAAUAUUAAAUUCAAAUAAGAAAUAUGAAUUUUAAAUAAAAUUUUAUACUUUACAUGAAAAUUUUAAUCGAUAAUGCCAUUAUCUUUUUAUCAUAAAUCAGUGAAAGAAUUUGAUGUGAUUAUUUAAAAUAUUAUCGAACAUAUCAUAGAAAAACUGCUGUACUUAAUUGGUUAGAAAAUUUUUAAUUUAUCUGUUGUGUAUAACCUAAAAAUGGCAACGUUGCCACCAAAAGUAAAUGUCAACAUAGCAAAACGUUUACCUGGUUAAAUAUUUAAUAUUCAUAACUGAUAAAUCUACACUGAAUAAUUCGAAACAACUAAUAAGAUAAAUGUACAAAAAGAAAUUGUCUUGUAUAGUAUUAGGAUAAAAUUUGUACGUUAAUUGACAACUAAAUUUGAAACAUCUGUCAAAUUUGUUUGUACGUUGACUUUGACGUUUGCGCAUAAAAAUAAAACAGAUAACACGCUGCCAUUUAGACAGUUCAAAUUUAACAAACGUUAAUGCGAAAAAUCAAAAAGUCACAACAGUUUCAUCUACAAAAUCCGACAAUUUGACUUACCGACCACAACAAAACCCACGCUCAACACACGUGACACACGUCAACGUAUACUUGUGACAAACGAAACGGGAAAAGGACCCGGGAUAAAACAGGAGUCCCGACGGUAAUGAAACCGUGAAAUUGUUAAAUCCGCCGGUGGCACGUCAUAAGAAGAACAAUCGAAAACACAACAACAAACGAAACUUUUACUUUACAACGAUUACGAACGAACAUACUUAACUCGCGCAACCUCAAAUUUCUACUGCACCGCGCCAACAACCACGGGGGGGUCGAUGGAUUUUGCACACUUACAUCACGGUUUUCACUUUUUAAGCAGGAACAGCCGGGUAGAGGCGGAACAGGCAACGGACAUCGGGGGCCGCCGACUCUGCCCAAUGUCAAUUUCUUUGUGUAUCUCUCUACUCCUACCAUUUAUUCGUAAAGCGCCAGCACAGCCGAGAUCUAUCGGACCAAAGCGAUCGUUUACGAAUAGCUCUGUAUCGUGACGUCAUAUAAUUAGAGUAAAUACAAAGUAGACGAUGGUGUCAGCGUGCUGUUGUGGAGUGCUCUGUGAUUAAUUGUGAAUAAAAAAAUGGAUAAAAAUUAUGUACAGUUGGUAGGAGGACCCUGCGGCCAGCACGGACCCUACACCUUCUACAAGGCGUUCAAGUACACGAAAAACGGUGUCGGACGCAUAGUGACUUUGAGUGAGUUUUUCUUUGUUAAAUUGUGGAUCGACUCGGAUCUGUUGUGCAUUGGUGAAUUGCAGUUGUUAUGGAUUGAUAAAAAUAGUGAACAAGUGUUGGCCAGUCUCAGACUGUACUUUCUGCCGGAGAACACGCCGGAAGGCCGGAUGGACCAUGGAGAGGUAAUUAAGGGAUCAUUUGGAUUUGGCGGUUUGUGUGACGAGGUGCUGGCUAUUUCUGAAAAGGUAGUAAUCCGAGUGGAGGACUUGAUAACGUGGAUAACGGUGGAUGCGGAAUGGACAUGGGGUCGAUUAGCCAAAUGCCAGGAAGACAUCAAAGCACCAAUCAUCGAGGAAUCAGUCAACACACCUGUUCCGGUGCCACUGACCGAAAGCUCCUUGGACUUUUCCGACGUGGAAAAAGAAAGAAAACUGCUUGAACCUCAUCCAGAACAGAACGGACCGUCCGUCCUGAUCCUAAGCUACCCCAAGUACUGCCGCUACCGUGCGAUGAUGAAGCGUCUGGAGAACGUUGAAAACGAUCACUUGAAGCUGAAGAUCAUCAACGCUUUGGGAGGCUUCGCUGUGGUGUCACGCAACACGCGCAUUCUCUUCUGCCGCGACACCUUCGACUAUCCGGAAUUGGAGGGUCACGAGCUGCUGUGCAACCAUUUGGCCCCUAAACUCAAGGGCCGACCUCGGGGCAAACGGAAAAAAAGGAGCGUGUCCCCCGGCUCGGAGAGCAACGAAUCCGAGUCGUCCGUCUCUAAUUCCAACACUAAGCAAAAAAUCACAACGGAAGGUGGCAGAAAUGGUCUCCGAUGCGACGAGACAACGUCGCCGAGACGCAGCACCCGAUCAGCCGAUGUGGGCGAGUCGAAACAAUUCCUCAAAAAGCUUAAUACGUUUAUGAAAGCCAAUCAUACUCCAAUUGGACGUAUCCCGUCUUUGGGUUACAAAGAAUUGGAUUUGUAUGGUUUUUUCUCGAAAGUACAAAAACUGGGCGGUUACGAUUCGGUGACGACGAAUCGUUUAUGGAAAUCAAUUUUUGAUGACAUGAGUGGUCAUCAGAACAGCACCAGUGCAGCUACCGUCAUAAGGCGGCAUUAUGAGAGGUUUUUAUUACCAUAUGAACGUCACAUUAAGGGCGAGGAGCAUAAACCUCUCCCCGUGUCAGAACGAAGAAGACUGAAAAGUAAAACUGGUAGCAGUGUUAGUGACAAUGAAAAUAGUGAAGGUCCGUCCACAAGCGGCUUGAACAAUUAUCUGGAUCAACCCUCGUGCAGCGGUGUUGCCAGCACAUCAAAGGAAUACAUAAUUGAUAACGCUCAAAACAAGUCAGAAUGUAAGACUUCAUCAACACUGCGCAGCGUCCGUGUCAAGCCGGAGAGACAAAAAGAUAAACUCACUGACAAAAUGCAAAAUAACAAUAACAGUAACAAUAAUUUUAACGAAACUGAGAUGAUGCAUGUGAAAGAUGACGAAAAACCAAAACUUGACAAACUGGUUAUAAAAACUGAAUCGGGCAUUAUAAAAACCGAAUCAGGCAUAAUAAAAACUGACCCGAAUGUCUUAAAAGUCGAGUUAAAAUCCGAAUCAACCAUUAGGAUGGAACUUAUAAAAGUGGAAAAAAUGGAAACCAUUGAUAAAGACGCUGAACCAUUGACUUCUGCAGUUGCUCCAAUUGUUCAAAAGAUUUCUCCAGAGAAGUCACUUUCUCCGAUUGAAGGCAAAGAAAACGUUCCAUUCAUUAAAACAGGCGACACCGGGUCAAAGAGUGCAAGCGAAGCCGACGUUGUUGAGGUGCCAUUCAAACCAAAAACACCUGAAAUCGUAGACCUUGAGUCAGAAACUUUCAAAACCAUGAACUCGAGUAUUAACAAAACAUACAUACAGGAAGUCAAAAAACGCAAACUAGAUAUUUUAAAAGAGGGUGGUUUAGAAGUAACCCCCGUACGGUCUGGUUCUUCAACGUCCACGACAAAAGAUCCAAGACCGUCCGUCAUCCAUCCUACUGUUACGACGAUUCCAAUUCUUCAUAAUCAAAAGAAAGACCCGAUGCCACCACCGUCUAUUAAUAUAGUUCCAUGCAAACGUCUGCAUAUAACAAUUCCUCAAACAGUAUCUCAAUCAAAACAAACUAAUCAAAAGUCACCGAUUAUUAAAAAUUCAUCGCCCACGAAAGCCUUCCCAUUCACAAAUGGUGCCCCACCACCGAAAGUUCUUCAAUCCAAGUCGAUAUAUUCAUUCUCUGGAACUACAGUGUAUGGCAACCCAAAGGACGUGUUGGAUUACAGGCAAACAAGUCCCCAAGCCUACGCCCCAAGAGUUGCUGGCAAUUAUACCCGACACACUGGCGGUGAUAUAUUGGAUCUGACCACUUCCAGUCCCCAGAAACCAGUUGUCGACGUUAUGCGGGUACCACACUCACAGAAGAUUCAUUCGCUUUCAAGUAGACUGGCAGAAGGCAGCAAACAAGCGCAAAAAUGUUCAACUCCGUUAAUCGACGGCCGAAGACUGGGCUCCAAUCUGGAAAUAACACUGGUCGGACCCAACAGCAAACCGCAAAUCCCCAAUUCACCUGCCAAGUACAACAUGAACGCACCGCCACCCGUCUCAAUAACCCCACAGGCCUCCAGUCGAUUGCAACAGACGCAAAAACGAUUGUCGAAUGAGCUCAUGUUUAACAAUAAAAUGCUCAAAACCGACGACAACAAAUUCACAAAACCAAGUUCACAUCAAUUAAUGCGCGAACCCAAGCCAAAUUUGCAAAUAAGCAUGGCCAACGCGUACGCGAACAAAAGUCCCAGUAUUAGUGCCGAACACUUAGUUAGUAACUUGCCGAAAUCGGUUGCGCCAUCCAAACCACCACCUGAAUACUCCUAUUUACCUCAUUUCUACGACCAGUCGAAAUAUAUCUUCCCCCAUUCCGUGUUAGAUUACUAUGCGAUGCAGGGCUUGUACAAUUCAACACCGCUAGCUGCGCCCCAAAUGCUACUUCCGAAUCCAGAGCAACUAAAGUUAUACGCGGAAUUCAUCAAUUCCCAAUCUCGAUUAUCCUAUCCCUUCAACCUGCCCCAGGACGCGAAUCAAGUAAACAACAACUUUAAAAAACCGUAAGCAUAUCUGUUCCAAGUUUCCAUAGCGGUCCAAUACUUUCAACGUUGGAUGAGAUGAUUGCUUUCAUUUUUCUUCCAAUGGAUUUAACGAAAAAUUUAAACUACGUGUAGGUUCUUGUAUAUAUAUGUGGUAGGAAUAAUCACUUUUUCGCCUGUUCUGGAUAUAUUUUGCCUUGUUAUGAUUUUUUUAACAACUAUUGAAAUUAAAUUGCAGGUUAUCGUGAAGAGCAACAGAUUAUUAAAAUAUGUUAGUACUGUAAGCACUUAAAAGGGACUUACACUCUCAUCAAAAUUGUUACUGUUUAUGUGUUAAGUUUUUUUUUAUUGAAUGUUGUGGUGAACAAAAAUUAUUGUUAUAUUUUCUAUGAUUUUAAAUCCAAAAAAUUGUUACACAGAUAAGUCUCUUUUAUGUCGCAUUAAUGAUUGAGAAAAGCUAAAUCACCAAAAAUUUCAAUCGAUUAAAGAUAAAUACGAAUGGUCCAAAGAAUAGAACUACAGAUCAAAAACUACCGCACACUGACCAAUUCGAAUAAUUUUGGUGACGAUAAUUAUUGAAUGACAAUAGAAAAUGUAAAUUUUGUAUAAGUACAUAUGUAAAACUAAGAUGUAUGAUAAGUGUUGGUAAGUCACAUAGGCUUAUGAAUGUUAAGGUACUAUGUUAUAUUAAUUUCAAUUCUAACUUCAUGAUGUUAAUAAGGACGGCAUUUCUUUUUUUACAUGAGCGUUCUUUUUUGCUAAGCAAAAUAUUUUUCGUAUUUUCUGUUAUUAUGUUUUACGUGUGAAAGAGAAAUACCGUUUAUAUUAGUUUCUAAAUAUGUUGUAAAUACAAAGGCCAGAUAAAAAUUAGUGUCUGUGAUUUUAUUAUAUAAUACCAAAUUUAAAUUUUGUACAUACAUAUAUAUAUAAAUAUAUAUAUGAAUUCCCUAUUUUCUCGACUUAGUCAAUUAUUUAAGUUUUUAUAAGCAAUGUAAAUAUAGUAUUUACUUUUAUAUUAACAAUAAGUGUUAGUUUAAUAUGUUAAGCAAUCGCCAUUAUACAUAUAAAAUCAAAAUAAA